AUGAAAGCCCCGCAAGAUAGUCCAAGUGUAAAAAAAGUACAAGGUGGAGGACAGACCAAACGCCCUCCUCAAAGUGGACAGCCAGGACAAGUUCAAUAUCGACCGCAAGGACAACGGCCAGGGCAACCUCAGUUUCCACCACAAGGGCAACGGCCAAGGCAACCUCAGUUUCCACCACAAGGACAACGACCAGGGCAACCUCAGUUUCCACCACAAGGGCAACGGCCAAGGCAACCUCAGUUCCCACCACAAGGACAACGGCCAGGGCAACCUCAAUUUCCAACACAAGGACAACAGCCAAGGCAAACUGAAUAUCCACCACAAGGGCCACGACCAGGGCAACCUCAGUUUCCACCACAAGGACAACAGCCAGGGCGACCUCAAUUUCCAACACAAGGACAACGGCCAAGGCAAACUGAAUAUCCACCACAAAGACAACGGCCAGGGCAAACUGAAUAUCCACCACAAAGACAACGGCCAGGGCAACCUCAAUAUCCACCACAAAGACGACGGCCAGGACAACCUCAGCUUCUAAUACAAGGACAAAGGCCCGGUCAACCUCAAUAUGCAUCACAAGGACAACGACCAAUGCAACCUCAAUAUGUACCACAAGGACAACGGCCAAUGCAACCUCAAUAUGCACCACAAGGACAACGGCCAAUGCAACAUCAAUAUGUACCACAAGGACAACGGCCAAUGCAACCUCUAUAUGUACCACAAGGACAACGACCAAUGCAACCUCAAUAUGUACCACAAGGACAACGACAAAUGCAACCUCAAUAUACACCACAAGGACAACGUUCACUACAACCUCAAUAUCAACCACAAGGACAAAGACGUGGGUCACCUUCAUAUGCACCAAGAUUUCCAUCUGAAACAAGACCAGAACCUUCACAACCUCAAUAUCAGCAUCAGUGGGAUCAUACAGGACGAAUUCCAUGUCCCUUUCAUCCUCUUCAGCAACAAACAAGACAAACACAGCCAAAUUCAUCUCCUAUCGCAGUUUUUCAUCUAAAUUUUCUGAAUAUUAUACCAGGAGCUCAACCAGGCUAUCCAGGAGUGCCUUUUAGUUUUGCAGGAGGUCAACAAGGCUACGCAGUAGGUCAGCCGUACUGUCCAGGAAGCCAGCCAAGCUUGCAAGGUGGUCAAUCAUGCUAUCUAGGCAUGCCAACUACGCAGGAACUCAGACAGGUUACCCUGGUGGUCAACCAGGCUACUCAGGAGGCUACCCAGGAGGCCAAGGAGUUCAGACAGACUACCAUGGUGGUCAACGAGGUUACCCAGGAGGCCAAGGAGUUCAGACAGGCUACCCUGGUGCUCAACGAGGCUACCCUGGUGCUCAACGAGGCUACCCAGGAGGCCAAGGAGUUCAGACAGGCUACCCUGGUGGUCAACGAGGCUACCCAGGAGACCAAGGAGUCCAGACAGGCUAUCCUGGUGGUCAACGAAGCUACCCAGGAGGCCAAGGAGUUCAGCCAGGCUACCCAAGGGGUCAACUAG